GGCGGUGGAGCAGCUGCGGGAGGAGGGCGAGCGGGCUGAAGGGCGGGCUCAGCAAGGGCGGGAGGCAGCCACAACCACACAGGCUCAUUCCCUCGGCCGAGGAGAGCUAACUGCUGCUUGCGAGCUCGACCCCUGAUCAGAGAAGGGCAGAGUGAAAGAAAGACAAACUAAACGCCAGACUGAUCCCAGCCUUUGCGACCGCCUGAUUUUCUUUUUUUCUUCUUUUUUUUUUUAAAAAAAAACCCCAAAACCAAAAAACUGUGGUUUUGACAAUUUGAUCCGUGGAGUUGUUUUCCACACACCCCUGACAAACAAAGGAAAAGGGGGAGGGGGACCGCGUUUCGCAGAAGACAUGCGUUCAGUCAGGAAGAGGUGGACUGUAUGCACGAUAAGUCUCCUCCUCAUCUUUUAUAAGACGAAGGAAAUCGCGCGGACCGAGGAGCGCCAGGAGGCAUCUUCCGCUGGAGAUGGUGAACUGAGUUUGAGUAGAUCAAUGAUCAAUAGCUCUGAUAAGAUAAUUCGAAAAGGUGGCUCCUCAAUGUUCCAGCAUGGUAUGGAAGGGUGGAAAAUCAAUUCUUCUUUGGUACUGGAAAUAAGAAAGAACAUUCUUCGAUUCUUGGAUGCUGAAAGAGAUGUGUCAGUGGUUAAAAGCAACUUCAAGCCAGGAGAUGUAAUCCAUUAUGUACUGGACAGACGUCGCACUCUAAACAUUUCUCAGGAUUUGCACAGCCUUCUUCCUGAAGUUUCCCCAAUGAAGAAUCGCCGAUUUAAAACCUGUGCAGUUGUUGGGAAUUCUGGCAUCCUUCUGGACAGUGGAUGUGGAAAAGAGAUUGAUAGGCAUGACUUCGUAAUACGGUGCAAUCUAGCUCCUGUGGUGGAGUUUGCUGCUGAUGUGGGAACUAAAUCUGAUUUUAUUACCAUGAACCCAUCAGUUGUACAAAGAGCAUUUGGAGGCUUUCGGAAUGAGAGUGACAGAGAAAAAUUUGUUCAUAGACUGUCCAUGCUGAAUGACAGUAUCCUUUGGAUCCCUGCUUUCAUGGUCAAAGGUGGAGAGAAGCAUGUGGAGUGGGUUAAUGCAUUAAUCCUUAAGAAUAAAUUGGAAGUGCGAACUGCCUAUCCGUCACUGAGACUUAUUCAUGCUGUCAGAGGCUAUUGGCUGACAAACAAGGUCCACAUUAAACGACCCAGCACUGGUCUCCUCAUGUAUACGCUUGCCACCAGAUUUUGUGAUGAAAUUCACCUGUAUGGAUUUUGGCCAUUCCCAAAGGAUUUGCAUGGAAAACCGGUCAAGUAUCAUUAUUAUGAUGAUCUGAAGUACCGGUACUUUUCUAAUGCCAGUCCUCAUAGGAUGCCAUUAGAAUUCAAAACGUUGUAUGUAUUACAUAACAGAGGAGCACUUAAAUUAACAACAGCGAAAUGCAUAAAGCACAUGUAAAGUACAAUAAGAAGUACAGAAUACAUGCUUCAUCAUAAAGAUGUUGUGGAAUGACAAUGGGAUCCCAGUGAGGAUAUGUUUCGAUACACCUUAAGCCAUCAGAAAAAGGAAUUUUUUCAUAAGUGCAUAACCAGCUCUUUUACCUGUAAAGUGCUAUAUAACUAAGCUAUCUUGACUGCAAGGGUUCAAAGUAAGUGCCACUUUCAUUAAGAACAAAUCUUGAAUGUAUACUCAGUAGUGUUUACAGGAUCCAGUGACAUAUUCAUCAUGAAUUAAAGAUGAAAAAUAAGCUUGCUUGCCACUGUCAUCGAACAGCCCACGGAAGAAAUCGACAGUGGAUCAAAUAUUUUGCUGAGCAAAUAGAACAGUCUUUGGCAGAAAAGACCACGAUGGAAUCAAGUAAAGAGAAAGUCCAUAAGAUCAAGCAAAUCAGUAAAUGCCUUCAGUCAGUGGACUGUUUCUGAUCUUGUGUUAUAACCUCAGCUUUUGUUGCUGUUUUUCUUAUUGCUGUUGGUUGAGUUUUGUUACUUUUAAAUGUUGGAGCUCUUAAAGGAUUUUGAGGAUGUUAUGAGUAACUAAAAGUAUCUAUCUUAUGAAAAUGUAUUAGGAAAGGAAUUCAUAAGGGCGGGAGAGUAGAGGUAAACAUCAAAUAUUUUGUAAGUUGUUAUUGUGUUGUAUCCUCUGUCACACAACCUUUAAUGUCCUAAUUUUUUGUCUAGCUACCACUGUCAAUACCCCCUACAUGGAACUGCUCAGAGGACAUUUUGAUCCAUUUCUAAAGAGAAGCUUUUCUCUAAUGUUCAGAUUUGAAGACAUACAAGAAGGUGCCCUUUUUUUUUCAGUACCAAAGAUUACUGUUAUACAAAUUUUUUUCUUUCCCUGAAGAAAUGAUGUAGACUUAGUAUGAUGUUUCUUUGCUGCUGAAAGGAACAGUUUAUUUCAUGUUACUGAAAUUUUUUAAUUAAGCACUUCAAAGCAAAGCCUCUUUACUGACUUUACAUAUAGAAUUUUAUUUUGCAGAAAAAUUUAAAAAAAUAUUUCAUACAAUGCAAUAUACAUAUACACAUACACAAUGUUUUUUCCUGAUCGAAAAGAAAACACAAGAUCUAAAGGAACUCAGGUGGCACUGGAAUACAACUAAAUGGAAAAUAACUGUAGAUCAAACAAUUCUUAUAAAAUGUAAAUUUCUAGUGAUAUUGUUAUCUUUCUCUAAUAUACCUCUUUUGUAUCAUCUUGAUAUUCUGAUGUGUAAAUGAUGGAAAAAACAUAGAACUGCAUGAUUUCACAGUGAUUUUUCUGGGUAUCCUUGUUUAUCCAUGAAACCAAGAAUUCUUUCACUCUUGUCUUUCAAAAAAAGAGAAUAAGAAAUUAAAGGAAGGUAGGAGAGGGUGGAGUGUCAGUACAGCAUAUUAUAACAUACAAAACCCUUCUGCAUAUGAUCUAUUUUAUCACUAAUGGAGCAGGUAAAUGAAGAAACACUAUGAAACACUGUAGUUCCAACAGGUUAAGAUAAGGAGGAGGCAUGCAGAUACAAUAUAUGGGUAUUUUCUUGUUAUAUUUUCAGGUCUAUAUUAGAUAUUCAUCUCCAAAUACGAUAUUCAAUGUGUCUAUUGAAUUUUAAACGGGCUUGGGCAAUUUCAUAUGUAGCACAACACUCACAGAGUAGCUAAAGGUGCCAUUUAUUGCCCAUUUUUCCCCAUGUUCAUAUGUAUGUCAUCUUGCAUGACUAGAGAUCUGUGAUUAUGCAAAUUUCAUAGCUAAAUUGCUGUCUUGCAGACAGUUUUGCCAAAGCUUCAUGGGAAAUAAUAGGUUACUCUGGUGUUAUCUGAGACAUAAGAGUAUCUUUCCAUAUUCACCAGUCUCUCCUACUCAGAACAAUUUUACUUUGGCUAUAUGCUAAGGUGAUCACCACUGAAACCAAGACAUCACAGGAAACUAAACGGCAAUACAGGCUGGAAUGUGCUUAAUUUGUUGUUGAUAAGCCAGGGAGUGUUACUAGGACACCGUGUAAACUUGCAGUUAUUUCCUUGAAGAAAAGUGGGAAUAUUCCUUGUCUUUCUGUUAGGGUUUUUCUGUUUUUGAUCUUCUAAAACAUAUUUCAUAAACAUUGACAGAAUUUCUGUUGAAAUAGAGAAUUCUUUAGAUGUCAGCAGAUGAAGGAAAAUCAGCUUCUGCAAUUCUUCACUUCUUGCAAUUCUCUGCAAGUGAACUGAACUUUCUUGUACAACAAUGGAGAUAAAAUUUUUACCGUUACUAAGUCUGAUAUGACUGGGUGACACAGGGCAAGGUUUGGUGCAAGAUGUGACAGUAACACCUACUUCCAAGACAACAAGGUUUGUCCAUACGUUCUCAAAACUUGGCCUUAAUCUCAUCUCCUGCAGGCUUUCCACGUACUGCAUGCUUCUGGCACCAUGAGCCAUGGUCUUAUUCUUCCCAUAGUACCCUCCCCUCAAACUAGCACCCAAGUGUGUCUCUCUACUAAAAGCACAGGACUCCCCAGUAACCUGUGUCCUGUCUCACUUGCCUCAGCUUUAUCCUGAGCUGAAGUAUACUCUAGUGAGUGGUAGGUUUCAAAUCAUCCUUUGGGGCAAGUACAAGCUGUAGUCUUGGACUGUGCAGCUUUUCACAGGCACUAAAGGAGUAAUUUUACUCUGUUACUUUUGUGUUAAUGUGUAGCCUAAAGCUUCUGGGGGUCUCUGGUGUGCAGUUUGUUAUGCUGCAACUUAUCUGUUUUGAGGUGGUUUGUGAUCACCAGUUACCGGUUACUCUAGGGUGGACUGGUGGGACAUGCUCAUUUCUUUUCCUGUUAAGUUACACUGGCUUGGUUGUUAACCUUCUCACUGCUGGGAAGCUGUAGCAAUGGACUCAAUGCAGACACACUUUCUUACGUUUUUCCUAUACCUCCUGCCUAUGUAUUGCCCUAGGGCUCUUUCAGGUCCUGAAUGAAAAAAAAAGUUGUUUCCACUGUGUGAUUCUUUUUUUCCCAAGGGUGACCUGGGGUAUAGCACCAAAAGAUUAAAUGCUGCAUGUAGACUUUAGAGUGGGAUAAAUUUCACCUUGUGGCACUUCACUGAGCAGCAGUCGACAGCCCAAGCCUCCAUAGCUGCCUUGGAUGAUUUCUGCUGUUUGCAUACAUUCAUACCUCCUGUGUUGCCUUCAGCACAGAUCAGAUAAACAAUCUGAGUUACAAUUAUGACUUUUAUUAUCAAUCACUAUCAAGAACUAAUCUGAAGUAGAUAGGAUAAAUAGAAGAAAGAUCCUUAAUAUUGUAAUGAUAUAUCUAUCCAGUGAGGAACAACUGAGAAAUGCCCAUCAGUUGAGUGUUCCUCAAAUUUAUCCUCACAUAAGUCAUAUCAGUUGCCAACUAAUGGUUCCUAACUGUAUGUUAAAAAUAAGAACUAAGCUAAAUCAAAACAGCAGGCAGUGUAUAUUUUUCUGAAUCUUAUGGCAGCUUUACAUUGAACAACUUGAUUUCAUUCAGAUAAAUGUAUUGUAAAUUGUUUAUUAACACACAUAAUGUUUCUGUGGCAGAGAGUCAUAUUUCAUGAAAAUAAUAGUUAAGUAUAUUUGAUUGUUAGAUUUUCGGCUUUGGGCCAGUUCUCUCUCCUGUGGCUCUCAGCCAGUCUCCAGAUAAAAGAUCUACUGAACCUUUUAAACCCUCACUGUUUUACAUAAUGUGUGUGAUAAAGACUGCAGCAUUCUUUUGUUAAACAGUAAAAGCAACAUGGCUUGAGGUCAGCAUUUUUUCUCUAACUGACUACAAUUUGAAGAAAAAAGCAGAUGUGGAUUCAGUACCUUUUUUAAGUGUUUGAUCUACCAAAGUGCUGAGCACUCUUUACAGUGACUUUCCUGGGAGAGAUAUGUCCAGGGUUUAGAUGGGGAUCUACUUUAGCAUAUUUCAGGAUAUUACUCUGAAAUUGCACAUUAUUUAUUUUUAAGAGCACUGUUACUUUGCGUAGGGAAUAGCACAAUUGUCCUAAAUGUAGAUAAAAUAAAGGGAGAGCAUUCACAGAAAGCUUCAUUCCUGCACAGUACUAUUGCUACUGAGCAUAUGUAGUACAAUUUCUGUGGUUUAAAGUAUUGAUAUGUGUUCUGUCAGGGUUGUCAUGUUUGACACUGUUAAUGUACAGCUAUGGGGAUUGUUUUUUAAUUGUAUAACUGUAAAAUAAAGAGGUUUUUUCUUGUUU